GUUGAGAAGAGGGCCAGUAAAAAGAAAAAGAAAGAAGCCAAGAGGAAAGCAGAGAAAAAGGAUGAGGAGAAAGUGAAAAACAACGAGGAGAAAGAGGAAGAGGAAAAGAAAGAGGAGGAGAAAACACAACAGGCUGUAGAAAAGGAGGAGGAAAAAUUGGAGACAAAAGAAGAACAGAAGGAGACUGCUGAAGUUAAAGAGAAGGGGGCAGAAGCCGGAAAGAAAGGGAGUAAAGAGGAGGAAAAAGUUGACCAGAAGGUUUCAAAGAAAAAAGAUAAAGAGGACAAGGUAAAGAAGAAGGAAGAGGAAAAAGCAAAGAGGAAAUCAGAGGAAGAAGAAAGAGUGAAGAAGAGAGAAGAAGAAAAAGCAAAGAAGAAAGAGGAAGAAAAGACUAAGGAGGCCGAAAAAACAAAGAAGAAAGAAGAAGAAAAGACCAAGAAGAAGGAGGAGGAGAAGACAAAAGAGGAGAAGGGUAAAAAGAAAGAGGAGGACAAGGUGAAAGAAGAGGUCCAGAAAAAAGAUAAAGACAAGGAGGAGGUAAAGACAGAAGAAAAGCAACAGAAGGAAGAGGAAAAGGGGAAGAAAAAAGAGAAGGGGAAGAACAAAGGAAAGAAAGAGGAGAAGGAGGUGAAAGGGCCAAAGGAGGAGCAGGUGAAAGCCCCGAUUGCAGCUCCAGAGCCUGAGCUUAAAACUGAGCCCGACACUGAACAGGCUCCUGAUCAGCACUCGAUAAGCAGUGCGGAGACACAGCACAUCAUUGUUCAAGAGGAACAAAAGGAAGAAGCUGCAAUAAAAACGGAGCCCGAAGUUGUGGAAGAAGUGAAGGAGGAGGACGAGGCCGAGAAGAAGGAGGAAGAAGAAGAAGCAGCCGAACAGGAGAAAGAAGCCAAAGGAGAAGAGAAGGAGGAGGUAAAGGAGGAGGCGAAGGAGGAGGCGAAGAAGGAGGCGAAGAAGGAGAAGCCUGUGAAAGAAAAGAAGAAGGAGAAGACGGAGAAGAAGGAAGAAGAGGCGAAAGGCUCCAAACGUCAGAAAACCAUGCAAUGCAAAGUCACCUUACUGGACAACACUCAGUUUGAGUGUGAGCUUGAUAAACAUGCUAAAGUCCAGGAACUUCUCACCAAGGUGUGUGACCACGUCAACCUGCUGGAGAGAGAUUACUUCGGCCUCUCUACCUGGGAAACCCCAACCAGCAAGACAUGGUUGGAAUCCACCAAAGAGAUCAGGAAACAGGUUUCAGGUGCUGUGUACGAGUUUACAUUCAGCGUGAAGUUCUACCCUCCUGAUCCAGCACAGCUGACCGAAGACCUCACCAGGUACUUUCUGUGCCUCCAGCUGAGGAAGGACAUUUUGCAAGGCGUUCUUCCCUGUUCCUUUGUCACACUGUCCAUGCUGGGCUCCUACACAGCCCAGUCAGAACUCGGAGAGUAUGACCCAGAGCUCCAUGGGAUAGAUUAUGUUAAGGAUCUGAGCCUGGCCCCGGGUCAGGGCAAGGAGCUGGAGGAGAAGGUGAUGGAGCUGCACCGCACGUACAGGUCAAUGAAUCCAGCCCAGGCAGACAUGUUGUUUCUGGAAAAUGCCAAGAAGCUUGCCAUGUAUGGAGUUGACCUGCACCAAGCCAAGGAUCUCGACGGUGUCGACAUCACGCUGGGGGUCUGCUCUAGUGGUCUGAUGGUGUACAAGGACAAGCUGAGGAUCAACCGUUUCCCUUGGCCAAAAGUGCUGAAGAUCUCUUACAAACGCAGCAGCUUCUUUAUCAAAAUUAGGCCAUCAGAGCAAGAGCAGUAUGAAAGCACAAUUGGCUUUCGACUGCCAAACUACAAGGCCUCGAAGAAGCUGUGGAAAGUUUGCGUUGAGCACCAUACCUUCUUCAGAGUUCCAACAGUGGAGCCCCCCUCAACACGUCCCUUCCUCGUAUUGGGCUCGAAGUUCCGGUACAGCGGGCGUACGCAGGCCCAGACCCGCCAGGCCAGCUCCUUGAUCGACCGCCCAGCCCCUCGCUUCACGCGCUCUGCGAGCAAGCGACUGUCUCGUAACCUAGAUGGAGCUGGAGAUGAAACUCUCCAGUUCCUGCGACAGCUCUCAGCAUCAAUUCGGUCCGAGCUUGACGAUUGGUCGCUGAUGCUGUCAUCUGACAAACCCCGGUCUUCUCCUGAAUUCCCAGCCAGAGGGGAGUCUGAGAAGACUUUCAUUCAGUCCUGGGAGGAAGGGCCGUCUGUUCACACAGUCACAGUUACCUUGGAGGACAAUGAGACUGGGCAGACUGGCUCUCAAAGCAUCACCCAAGCUGUCAGUCAGCCAUGGCAGGAGCUGGCAUCUGAUGAGCAACAGCAGAGGAGAAAGGAGGACCAGUGGUCUGCUCUGCUCCAUCGUCAUCCUCCUUUUCCCUUUGUCCCACCUUUUGACUGUGUGAAACAGACAGCUAAGAUCAGCUUGGCAAAAAUGAGCUCCCUGGACCGGCUAUUGCGACCAGCUCUGACAUGGCAAGACAGCUGGUUCCUUUACUUUGACCGAAGCUUCAGCCUAUCCUCGCUUGAGCGUGUUGACGAACCAUUGUCUCCCCUAGCUCAGCUCCAACAGGAGGAUGAACAGGACAUGUGUGUGGCAGAACAGAAACUGACCAUUGAGGAGACCAUUGAGAGGCUGCAAGAAACUCUGAUCUCCGACAAGCUGAGCGAGAUGGAUGUUUUGAAUAGGAGGCUGAGAGAAGUUAGGGAUUUAGAGGGUUGGCUCCUGCAGAAGGAUGAGAUGGCAGCGCGACUUCAGGAAGUAAUAGAAAAGGAAUUGGGUGGGGAAGAGAUAUAUAAGUUAAGAGAGGAAGAAGGCGAUUUUGAGCAGGAGAAACAAAUACAAAUUGAAGGUAUAACAGAAACGGUCUCGACGAAAUCUGUGGGGACAAAAGAGCAUAAAGUGGAUGAAUUAGAAGAGCAGAUAAAGCAGGUGUUUUUAAAAGGCUUGUUUCCUGAAGAAGAAGAAGAAGAAGAAGAAGAGGAAGAAGAAGAAGAGGAAGGGGCUGAGAUGAAGCAGGAGAGUGAAAAAGAAGUGACAAAUGAGAGUCUGUUCGAGGACAGCUUUAGAGGGAAGCUCCACCAGAUAGAAAAGGAAUGGCAAGACGAGGUGGAGGAGAAGUUGAAUUCUGGAUCUUCAGAUGUCACCAGUACUACUUCUGUAGUCGCAUACCAGAAGGUGGAGGGCAGGACUAAGAGGAAAGUUACUAUUGUAGAUGAGAGAGGGCGGACGCAGGACGAAAGGGAAGAUGUGCAGGUACAGCAUGGUGCAACUUUAGAGGAGAGGGGAGAAAAAGAGGGGACGGAAAUACUGGAGGCGAUAACUGAGGGAGAAGUCCCAGAGAGGUUUCAGGCUGAGCAUCAAUCUCAGGUGGCAGAUAAGGACAUCUGGAUCAUACUUUUUGACCGCCCUCCACACAAAGCUGUUUUCAAACCACCAGUUACUACUGUGGAACGUGCUCAGGUGGAGGAAGGCGCGUAUUUCACCUCCCAGACAGAGAUCUCAAGGUUUGAGGAGAAAACGGAGAUUGUAGUAGAAGAGAGAACAAUGAGAGGAGAAGAAGUGUGGCUCAUACCAGAGAUCCCACCACCACAGACCAUCAUGGAAAGAGAGGAUGACUGGUUUGUGUUGCUGGAUGUUGUCCCCAGAGAAACGCCUUAUAUACCACCAGUUACCUUGAAGGGAAGAGACCAGAUGGGUGCAGGAAGUUUGGUCUCUGUGGCUGCAACUGCAACAGGGGAGGUUAUUAGAGAAGCAGCAGCUGAAGAGACAAAGAUAAUAGAAGAAGCACCAAGUCAUCUACAAGAGUUGCCACAACAGCCGCUGCCCGACAGGGAGGACGACUGGUUUGUGUUGCUGGCUGUUGUUCCCAGAGAAACGUCAUUUGUGCCACCAGAGCGUGUUGAAGUGUCCCCAGAAGAACUUCUCUCUCUAGUUAGAAUAACAGCCGAUGAGGAGGGCGAAAAAGGAGUGGAGAUUACGGCAGCGGACACAGAAAUACAACACGCGCUGAGUGAAGUUGUAGCACUGCCCCGGGCUGUGAGACAGAUAGAAGAUGACUGGUUUGUGCUGCUGGAUGUUCCCACCAGAGAACCAUCAUAUGUGCCACCAGUUGCCAUGGCAGAGUAUGUUCAGGUUUAUCCUGAAGAAAGCAUAUCCACGGUGGCUGAAACAGUAACGAUAGAGUCCAGGAAGGAGGUCCUAGUUGAAGAGAUUGUGGUGCAGAAACUAUCCCAGCCAGUCAGAGAAAGAGAUGAUGACUGGUUUCUUCUACUGGAUGUUGUUCCCAGAGAAACUGCAUAUGUACCUCCAGUUUCUCUGGCAGUACCGAGCCAAAUUUACCCAGUUGUCCCACCGCAGCAAAUGGAAGUGAUGAGCCUCGAGCGAAAGGUGCAGCAGGUUGAUCUUGAACAGAUUAGACUGCAGCCUUCUCGGCCAGAGAGAGAUGAUGACUGGUUUGUGCUGUUUGAUGCCACUCGUGUAAAGGCAGUAGCACGACCAUCAGUUACUCCUGUUGAGAUUAUUCCGGAUAUGAGGAAGACGCGUGAGGUUGAGGUGACCACUGCAGAGACUAGAACAUGGAAGAAGAUGAUAAUUGGUGUGGACAGCAGGCAAGAUGAGACGCGUCUGUCUGAAAUUAGAACUAGCCCAAUUGCAUCCCCGUCGGAGAGAGAAGGGGGAGAUGAUUGGUCUGCCCUGUUCGACAUCGUCAGAGAAAAGCCUGUUUUCAUCCCGCCAGCGGCUGUGGACGACCGCGUCCGUACACAUCCUGAAGUAAGAACAGCGAAGGAGUUUGCAGCCAGUAAGCAGGGAGCACAGCAGAGAAUCCCUCUAGUGGAGGAGGUGUGGCGGCAGGAGAAGGCGGUGCAGCAGAAACCGCGUCCAGCAGUGAGAGAGGGGGAAGCUGAUUGGUUUAUUUACUUGGACGUGGCCACUAAGAAAUCAGCAGUUGUCCCUGAGCGCCUCCACUUCCCAGCAGGAGUGAGCGUUCCAACGGCCGUGGCCAAAACGAGGAUGGCUAUAGGGAGACCAGAGUUUGAGAAUCGGAUCCUGGAGGAAAGACGUCCGAUCACACAAACGCAUGUCAAUGAUGAUUGGUUUGUUCUACUCGAUGUCGGCCUCAAAGCGUCAGUGGUGAGCACACAGAGGGGCACCCGUCCUGUCAGCGCUCCGGUCUUCUCCCAGGCUGCUCUUGCCGAGGCAGGGAUCCCCAUGGCCCCUUUCGAUCAGCCCCAGACCUCCACUCCAAUCAAGACCGGCCGCAAAGACGAAAGAAAGCUGGAGGUCACCGUCGAAGCUGUGGAGCCCUCAAAGAUCGAGGCUGAGGUCAAGCCAGCAGUUUGGAGGGACCAGAGAGAAGUAGACUCUUCCCUGAUAUCCACCAUGAAUGGGGACAUUCAGCACAAGUCUGAGGUGACGAGCACGGAGGUGGUGCGAAUGCGAAAGAAAAGAGCUAAGAACAUUGAGGAUGACUCAAUUUAUAUCAGACAUAGCCUUUUAAUGUUGGAGGAGUUUGAUAAGCCUCAGGAGGACCUGCUCAGGCAUCAUGCCAGCAUCAGUGAGCUGAAGAGGAACUUCAUGGAAGCCGCCCCGGAGAACCGGCCCAGUGAGUGGGACAAGCGCCUGUCCACGCACUCUCCGUUCCGCACCCUGGGUAUCAAUGGUCAGCCUCUGCCCAGUGCCGAUGGGCCCCCUCUGGUGCAGACCCAGACAGUCACCAUCACAGCUGUCUCCGCCUCCUUACCCAGUGGCAUCUCCACCACAGAGGUCCCUAUCGUCCCGACCAAGACCGUCAUCUAUGAGUCUUCAAAGUCUCAGGUGGCCGUUGAUGGGACGGACGAGGACAAAGAUGACACAACUGUGUCCAGCUCCAAGACCGUUACCUCCGAGACCACCAGUGGCACCACAGUCACCACCACUACCACUCACAUCUCAAAGGUAGUGAAAAGCGGAUCUUCGGAGAGCCGCGUGGAGAAGAGAAUUGUCAUAACUGCCGACUCUGACAUCGACCAAGAUCAGGAGAAAGACGGCGGAGCAUCAGCAUUGUAACUGAAUCACCACCUGCAUUUAUUCCUUUGACUCUCCACCUCCGACACACAUUGACCAGCUCUAUCUACGCACACAUCUCCAAAAAAAGAAAUAUCCCCUAAAUCUGCACCUAACAUUAUGGAUAAUUCAGUAGAUAAAUCUUACUAGAUCCUCUUUGUUUGUUUUGUUCAGUUGUAGAUAGAGGAGGGCUUCACGAGUUGGAUCAAAUGUUUAUCUCACCCAGGUUUUUAAAAAGCUUAAUGUACACACUUUUAUUGUUCAAAAACAACAUCAUUUUCAGGUGAGGGAUUUCAGUUGUGCUUGUUUUUAAAUGCUUUUAUUUCCCUAGUGGUUUUUACAUUAUUAAUUUGAUUAAAAAAAUGCUGUUUUCAUUCUAGUUUAGACACCAUCAUCAGCAUGUAUUCCCUUGGUGCUGCUAGGGGAACGUUAAGACUACAUUCAAGGGAAUUAUUUUGUUGUUGUUGUUGUUGUUGUUUACUUGUCUAUUUAAUUCAGGAGAGACAUUUUUUAAAUGACAUUACAUACCUUGCAUCAAAAAGUGGACAAAGAUAUUCUGUGCUCAAAUUUGGACAGCUGUUUUGCUUAGUUCACUGCUCAGGUACAACAACUAAAACCUAAACAUAUUUUCUUCCCGAACCGGCAGCCUACACAUUAUUGUAAAGUUUAAAUUAAAAAUUGAUCUAUUUUGAAAUAUUUUCUAUUUUAUAGAAUUAAUGCUUUUAUAGUAUUUGUACACGUUUGAGGUUUUUAAGUUAUUCAUCCAUCUGCUCAUUAAAUUACCACUGUGCUGUUUACAGAA